AUGCCGAAAGAAUUUUCAUUGGAAUUUAAGCAACUGGCGUUUUCUGUUAUCGAUUUCAUUGAAAACGAAAACAGUGGACCAUCGAUACCUCUUAAUAAUGUUACUGGUCGUCUUGAAGCAAUACUUGGUAUUUCGCAAAGAUCAGUUUAUCGGUUGAAGCAGAAAAUGAAAGAAUUGAAGGAAGACCAAGAAGAAUUUACUAGAUUUACUCGUUCGUCAAGUUCUUCGUUAUCACCAACGCCGUUGUCUCCAGUCAGCCGUUCUGGUCGUCCAAAAGUACAACUUACAAUGUUUGGACAAGAUACGAUUAGAUUAACAUUUCAUCUCUUAUUGAAAGAUAAAAUGUAUCCUACUCUUGAAAACUUAUUAGCAACACUAUUGAGUCAAUAUCCUGAUUUUCCCAUAAAAUCGAAAACAUCAUUACAUCGUGAAAUGAAAGCAUUGAGUUUUAAAUAUAGACAAACGAAAAAAGCAAAGGUUUUAAUGGAUUCAGUGGCCUUCCAGGCUCAACGUGCUGUAUACUUCAGAAAAAUCGAUUCAUUACGAUUAAACAAUUCAAUCAUGUACUACCACGAUGAAACAUGGUUAAAUAAAAAUGAAGAAAAAACAGUCGUUUGGUUUGAUGAUAACGAUUAUGGUCGUCUUAGAAAGAGUGAAGGAAAAGGUACUGAGUAA